AUGGGGUUAUGCGCAGAAUUUAAAGGUCAGGUGGUUUACUUUGUGAACAUUUACUCAUCUUGUCUGUUGGCUGGGAAGCAUAGGUUAUGGGCAGAAUUGGUUGAUUUGAAGAAUAAAUUUGGUGGUGGUUGGUGGUGCGUGGGAGGCGACUUCAACUCAACACGAGAAGGAAGCGAAAUAAUGGGCAGCUCUGUUGUUAGCAGAGGUGCAGAAUCGAACGAGUUUAAUGAAUUCAUAGAAAUGAUGGACUUGGUGGAUGUCCCUUCGAUCGGUAGCAGGUUCACAUGGUCAAACAAGGAGGGUAGAUGUAAAAGCAGACUGGAUAGGUUUCUGUUGUCUGAAGGUUUAAUCGAUAGCUGGAGCAUUAUAGGGCAAAAAGUUGGGGAUAUGGACAUAUCUGAUCACGCUCCUAUUUGGCUGAAAGCAAACAACAAGGGCUGGGGUCCCAAACCCUUUAGAUUCAAUAACUGCCGGUUUGAAGAUGCAGAGUUUAUGAGGUUCGUGGAGGAUUCGUGGAAAGACAUAAAUGUAGCUGGAAACAAGACGUUCAUCAUAAAAGAGAAUCUCAAAAUUCUAAGGACCAAAUUGAGAAUAUGGAAUAAAGAGAAGUUCGGGUGGAUCGAUCUCAAAAUUGAAGAAGCAACGAAGAAGCUGAAUUUAGGUGUAAGACCUCCUACAGGCUCAACUGAUGACGCAUCAGUUAGACAGGAAAGGGAUUUGGAUAGAAAGGCAGUUGUGGACGAUCUGUGGAAGCAUUUACGUCUUCAAGAAAGCCUUUUGAGACAAAAGUCGAGAAUCAAAUGGCUCAAGGGGGGAGAUCUGUAA